UGCGCCACAUGCGGCUAGUGACUCUAGGGCCCGUGCGUAUGGCUGAACGCGUCAGACGCGUCGCGCGAUGGGAACUCAACGAUCCACGAAGACACCGACCUCGUAACACCCACAAUAAACCUCACCAGAUACAAUGGCCACCCACGACUCCGACGAUGACCUAGACGACAUUCUCAAAGACGUCACGAAUCCCGAAGAGCCCAUUCAAUCGACCGAGAACCCGCCGCAGCCGCAGUACCGAAGCAACAAGAACAGCGACACUGCGGGCGGCCUUGGCGUUGACGAAGAGAUUGUCAUCACAAAAAAGCGCCAGCCUGCGCCGAAACUCGAUGACCAACGGUUGCUGUCCGAUCCUGGCAUUCCCCGCUUGCGCAGGAUCUCAAAAGAUCGCCUCCGCUUCAAAGGGAAGGGUCACGAGUAUGGAGACAUUGCCCGCAUGCUGAACAUGUACCAGCUGUGGCUCGACGAUCUCUACCCCCGCGCCAAGUUUGCAGACGCCCUAGCCAUUAUCGAGAAGGUCGGACAUACGAAGCGCAUGCAGUUGAUGCGGAAGGAUUGGAUCGACGAGGGCAAACCGCGCCGCAACACGAGACAGGAUGAAGACGACGAGGACGCAGCCCGAGAGAAGACCCCACAACAGAGCACCGAAGAGAUAGACGGCGUCGAGAACGGCGGCCAAGAAGACUCGGGCAACCCAACAGGACGGGAGGCAUCUACACGUAAUGCAACAGGCGAUGCAGCGGAACCACCAGAGAGUGGGGAACCCGACGACGACGAGUUGGAUGCAUUAUUAGCUGAGAGCGAACAGCCCACCUACACAGCACCCAAGACACUCCCAACACGGCCGAUGCCUACACAAGACGAUCCUUUUGCGGACGACAUGGAGGCAAUGGCAGAGAUGGACGACAUGUGGGAUUGAGCAGCUACGUGAUGUAGCAGUCGGAUUUGGUUAAUCAUAGCGCGGCGUUCGGGGAUAAUACCACAAGAGCGAUUGCGCUCGGUCAUGAAGUGACGAUGAGCUAUGAUUCGCAUUUGCAAUUGGCUACCAUGUAGCCUUCUAUAUCCAACUAGACACUAUGUGCAGCUCAGAGAUAGGAUAUCCUGCUAUUCCUGGGCAUACCCUACUAUAUCAUGGUUUCAUCGCAGGCUCUUCCAGGGUCCAUCUUACUCGUAAUGUAUACGCAGGUACGACGUGUUGAAUCUUACAUGGUAGGAGCACCUGCGCUGUGUACACGGUAGCGGGGGAAGUGGGUCCUUUUGACACGGCUUGGCGUUCCAAACAACGU